UACACUUGGCACAAUGCAGUCAGGCAAGUACCGUUCUCUGGCAACUUGCCAAACCCAGACAAGUCCAUCGGAUUGCCAGACAGAGAAUGUGUGCUUCAGCAUCCACUGACCCAGCUCUGUCAUUUUACAUGGCCUACCACUUCAUGGCUGAGUUGCUGUUGUUCCCAGUUGCUUCCACUUUGUUAUGUUACCACUAACAGUUGACCAUGGAAGAUUUAGUAGCAAGGAAAUUUCACAGAUGGACUUAUUGCACAGCCUAUCAUGGUACCACGUUUGAAUUCGCUGAGCUCCUGAGAGCGACCCAUUCUUUCACAAAUGUUUGAAGAAGCAGUCUGCAUGUCUAG